AUGGAGCACGUCCUCUCAUUUCUGAAGAGCCAUUUUGAGCUGUGGCUGAGCUUCAGCUCGAUUUUUAUUGAUAGCAGCCUCAACUACACUCUUAUUAGUGGGUUGGGGUUGAUCUUUUUGUACCUGAGCUACCUGGUAUUAAAGCUAUUUUCCAUAACCAUCUGUAAAAAUAAGACCAUCAAAAAGUGUCGGGGUCGAGCCAAGAGGCGGCGGAAAGGUGGAACAUUUAGAGGUAAGGUUCUCUGUGUUCACACUGAGCUUUGCAAGGGUGAUCCUUCUGUCUCAGAUCCAGGGCCUCUGAAAAUACCCCAGAGCCAACAUCAAGAUAUCACCAGUUUCCGUCACCUGCUGUGUCCAGACCCUCACUGUUCGGUGUGUAAUAGAGUGGCUGCCAAAGUCAGUCGACUGCUGUUACUGGGGAACCUGCUAGAGGAUACUUCCUCUGUGUAUUAUAUGGCUUCCUCAGCUUCUGUGAUUAAGACCUCAUUCACUGUGACAUCUGGCCACUCAAAAACUCGUCCAAGAGGCCAAAAAUCAGCCUCUUUGCGUGUGCCAUCUCCACCUCCCCUUUCUACUGUCUCACUUAACCAUGUUGCUUCUUUACCUGAUUUACUGUCCCCUGAUCCACCAGCUGACUCAGUACCAUCAGAGCCUAUUCCUCCCUUGGCUUCAAAACUCCCAGUGGACCCUUUCCCACCCCAACCUGUUGCUCUUUGCCCUACCACACCACAUCAAUCUCAGAGAUCAGAUCAUGAUCUCCAUCCAGAGAUUGCUCUGUCUGUAAUGAAUAGUCCUGAUGGGUUGUCAACUGAUGCUCCAACAGUCAGUGAAAUUGACCAUUCAAUGCCAGAAUCAUCCUGGCAGCAGGCCCAUGUCAAGGAUGCCAAAGACUUGUCCUCUUCCAACGUAGAACAAGAUAGUAUAAAGCAUGAGCUCCUUGAUGGCCAGUCUUCUGAGACCUCUUGCACAGAAUGUGCAUCCGACCUUGUAGAACCCACUAACUGCUUGUUACUCAGCCAUGACAAUCUGGCACUCUUGGAGAAACAAGUAAGAAAGAGGGGUGACUUCCUGAUCCAGAAGGAAAGGGAAAAUAAAAUGGAACCAAUUCUAAAACAACUAGGUUCAGACCACCAACUGAAUACUUCAGAGAAAAUGAUAGAGUCAAGUGCUGAUAGAUAUGAGUCAGCAGUCAGUCCAGACCACCUCUAUAUAUCAGAGCCAAUGUUAGAAUCAGAUGCUAAUAAGCAUGACUCAGCAGUCUCCCUUUAUUUUGGAAACAGCAAAGGCAAACUAGAGGAGCUGCAGAUGAACCAGCAAUACUUUUGGGGUCUUCCAUCUUUGCACAGUGAGUCCUUGUGCUCAAUUAUCCAUCAUUCAGAUGACUGUCCCUCUACUUUGGUCAUCUUUAAUGGAAUCUCCAAAGCUUCCACAUCUCAAGGAUCUUUAGGACUUUCCAAUUCCCAACCUCUGAUCUUUCCUGAGAUCCAAACUCAAUCCUCAACUAAAACUGUCUCCCAAUCACAGUCACAACAUGCUACUCCGGCCCAGUCUCAGUCCAACCUUCAAUCUCCAAUCCCAAUGCUUCCAACAUCUCCCGAUUUCCAGCUUAGGAUCUGUGGAGUGUGCUUCCAUAGACCCCCUAAUGAGGCACAGUGUCUCAUGCAAUCUGAACUUCAUCAGCUAGAAUACAAUGUGCUACAGAAAGAACAGGAACGUUUGUGGGGUUUACCCUCUAUGGUCCAAACAUCUCGGGAAUACCUUUGUCCUCCCCCUCCCAAUGUUUCAUUGGUGAGCCAGUCCUCCAAAAUCCAUGUUCCAAUCUCCAUCAUUCCUGGAGAUUACCCUCUGAGCAGCGAGCUUCGUAAGAAAUUUGAAUACCACCUUAGAAAGAGACUCAUUCAACACCGAUGGGGCCUACCCCGCAGGGUCCAUGAGUCUCUGACACUGAUUAAUCCUGAGAGAGAUGUUCCUGAAAUAUAUGCAUCAAAGAGUUUUCACAGACUCAAAUGGAUAUCUUUGUUGAAGGAACAGAGUAGCAAAAAUUUAAGGAAUUCUGAAUCGAGCCAACUUCCAAUCUCCGAUGAGACAAGCUCAGAAGAGUUUCAGUCAGAUGACAAAGAGAAGGACCAUCAGAGACACAGCCCAAAGAAUGGCCCUAGUGAUCAUCUAUUGAGUGACCCAGAAGGAUACUCAGAUAACAGUUUAGGGUCUGACUCUGAUAAAGAUCAAGGAAGUCAUACAGUGAGUCUGUAUGAAAAUGAUUCAAGGGCCUCAGGGAUAAAUAUAAUAAAUCAGAAAGAACUAGAAAAUGCACUCAAAGAACAUUUAAAUAAGAAAAUUGAAGAAAUAAAUGAGGGUAGACUUCCUGAGACUGUUCAUAGUUCAUGGCAUGCCCUUAAGCAGACAAUAUCUUUUGCUGAGAAAUCUCACAGUGAAAAACAGAUAGAUGGGGCAUCAUCUGUGAGAAACUUUAGCUUGAACACUUCCCAGGAGAUUUCUUUCUUGGCUUCUGGCAAACAAAAGAUGCUGGAAGACCAUAUAAGCAGUUUCUACAUAAGGAUGAAGUGUGGCCUUCCCACCAGGGUCCUUGAAUCCAUACAGAUCUUCAGCAACAGAGAGGACUCACCUUCUUCCUUAGGCCAUUCCUAUCGUUCCUCCCAAGAUAGCCUUAGUUCUGGGAUGCAUUCCAAAGUUAUGGUAUCCAAGUCACUUGGUAGGAGCUCUACAGCUUUGUGUAGAGACAAAUUGAAGAUAAUAAAGUCAGCACCCAAUCUGGAUCAUCUCCUUCCUGCUGCAUCACUUGUAGGGAAGGGAGGACAGGGGGACCUGAGACCACUGUCCCCAGAGGAAAAACAGGAGCAUGCAAGUGUUCAGAUUAAGGAUGGCAGACAGACUUGUCUGUGCAUCGCAGACAAAGAAAUUAGGAAACAGACCGGACCAGACAAUAGGCACAGCCCAGUGCUGGUGUCCACAAGUCAUGAUGGGACUGGACCUGAGCCAAAGGAUAAGAGAGUGAGUUCCAGCAACAAAGGAGAAAGGCUUCAGGCUCCCAAAGUAAAGACUUCAGAAUACUUCCCAAGGUUUAACAAGUCUAGAGAGAUAUUUAAGGCCAAGGAGCUCUUUGCUCUUCAAUCAAAAUCUGCCAAUGCCUUGACAACCAACAAGUCAGGGGACUCUGCAGCAGUAGAUGAGAAAACAAAGAAAGAAAAAACUACCCUGGCUACUGAAAUUCCCUCACCAACAUCAGUUUCCCAGGAUCCCAAACUAUCAGACUUUAGAAAGCACUUGCUGAGUGAAUUAAAGCUGAAAUUGGAGAACAGGGAUCAUAGCCCUGUUCAAGGCCAGUCCACGGAUACGGCUGUUGCCUCAGAUAACUUGAUUUCCAAAACCUUGCUGACUAGUGCCCAGGGUGUCUCCAAUGGGAACAUGGCAGGUUCUCAGGUAAUGCAUGCACAUUUGGACAACACACCAGUCAGCCUGGAACAGCAUCAGGAGCCCUGGGUCCCUAAGCCUAUCCUGCAGAACUUCUGGGAUAAGAAUCUCCCACCAAAUUCAAAGAGACUGCACCAUUUGCAACCAAAACCAGGAGAACUUGGUGAAGGGGAUGCAGGGUUGGGGACACCACAACCCAGUAGGAAGAGCUGCCCUGGUCAAGACAGGGCAUUAAAGAAGAUGCUUGGAAGAAGAUCUUCCCCAGCCUCAUCACUGAAGGAUAAGCCUCCUCCUGAAAAUCUGAUACAAAAACAAAUAACGAAAUUUUUGCAAUGGAUUUGUCUUAGCAGCACAGACAGAGGGCAAGAAAGUUUCCUUGGAAAGGGGACCACCCCACCAUCAUCUGUGAACAGCCAAAGCAAAGUUAAUAGUAGAGCUGCCUCUACUAGGAACACCAAAACUCUGCAAAUGCAGACAGACAUUGGCAAGGUGUUAGAUGUGAAACCAGGGAGUAGCCAUGGUGUCAGAAUCACCUGCCCCCAAGAAUCACGUUCCUCUCCGACAAAGCCUGUGAAAACUCUUAAGGCACAAUUACAGGCCCAGGCAGAUACUGUCCAGGGACAUUCUUUUAACUACAAAGCUUCCUCCUAUAAAAUGAAUAAUGCAAAGUCCUGUAGCGAAGAAGCGCCCUUGGCUGACCAAAAUUACCCAUCAAAGUAUACACUGACCAAAGACAGGGUGAGACAGCCCCAAAAAGCUGUGGCAUUCAAGGAUCAGCCACUAUCGCAGAGGCAUCUGGCAUCCAUGCCCAAUAAAGAGUUCCUGCCCCAUCCAAACCAUACUUGUAGGCGUCAAGCCAGCCAGGUGUCUCCAACCACACCUACAUUUUCUGAAGGCACUGUAUUGGGAGAUCUGUCUCUACUUUUCAGACAUAAAAUGCUCCUUCAGCAUUUCCAGGGAGGAAGAUUUCCUCCUCCCAAAUAG